AAGAAAAUAAGCUAACUAACUUUGUUGUUGUUGUUGUUGUUGAUUUGUUGUUGUUUUGUUGUUGUUUGUAUAGAUCCGUUCAGCCAUGUUUUGAAGUUGAAUAUGCGAUAUGAAAUCAAUAAAUGAAUCAACGAAUGAAUGAAUACAUGCAGAUAUAAUUCUUGAUUAGUGUGAAAUCAUCGCAAUAAACAUCAAUCAAACCGCAAUCACGGCAUCAUCAAAAUUUUACGAUUCAACCGGCACCGUUGUCGGUGGUGGUGGUAGUGGUGGUGGCAACUCUUCAUCCGGUUCGUCCACUCCGGCCGCAUUCUGGGAAACGCUUUGGCCAACAAUGUUGAACAAUUUCCAUUCAAGCUCAGCAGUUGUUGCUGCGGCCGCUGCUGCCAAAGAAACCAAUGGAGAUCUUGUCAAAAGUGCCCAGAACACAAUGUCAGCAACAGCAAGUAGUACCUUAUUGCUUGGUGGCCACGGUAAUGGCUUGCAGAAUCAAACAACAAACAACCCGACAUUGAUGGCACAUUCAUCACAGAAUCUCAACUCUCAUCAUCACCCUCAUCAACAACAACAUCAGCCCCAACUGCAUCAUGGAAAUGGUGGUGGUGGUGGCCACCAUCACCUUCAUCAUCCAUCACAUCAUCAACAUUUGCAUUUGCUCGCCGAAACAACUAAUCAACAACAUCAUCAACAGCAGCAACAACAUUCACACCACCCUGGACAUCAUCAUCAUCAUCAGGUGGUGAAUAAUGUUGACCAUAAUCAUCAUGCACACCAUCAUCAUCUAUUGAAUUCAUCAAUCAACACAGCCGACCUAUUGCUACAGUCCAACAACAAUGGUGCUAGCAAUACACAUGAUUCUCAUCAUCAUGAUCAUCAUUCCAACAAACAACAACUUAAUCACCAUCCACAACAACAACCACAACAUCCAUCACAUCAUCAUCAUCAACAGCAGCAUCAGCAGCAACAACAACAAUCAAAACAGAAACGUCAUCGUACACGAUUCACACCACAACAGUUGCAAGAAUUGGAACGAAGUUUUGGCAAAACUCAUUAUCCCGAUAUCUUCAUGCGAGAAGAAUUGGCCAUGAGAAUCGGUCUAACGGAAUCUCGUGUUCAGGUCUGGUUCCAGAAUCGAAGAGCCAAAUGGAAGAAACGAAAAAAGACAAACAAUGUUUUCCGUGCGGCCACAUCGUUAUUGCCGACAACACAUAGUUUGUCAAUGAAUCCAUUCGCUACGAUGGCGCCCAAUGCAAAUUCAGCAUCAGAUUCUUUGUGCAACGCAUUCGGAUCGGUAAGCGGUGGUGGUACUGUAACAGCAUCCACCAUGAUCGAUUCACGAUGGACACUAUCCACCGGAAUGUCAUCACAUAGUCUUUCAAGCAUUGGACAUACGUUACGACCACCACCACCGCCGCCACUACCAUCCACAACGACGCCAUUAGCAGUACCACCCUCAUCAUCAUCAUUCAACAAUGGGGGCGGCGCUGCUGGUGGAACCAGUCAGUAUGCGACAGCCGCAGCGGCCACCGCUCCUUAUUCAACAACGACAUUACCGAAUUCGAUGAAUUGUUCACCACCAACGCCAAAUCAGCCGCCGGAAACUCAAUCCCCAACUGGGCAAUCACAAUCAUCAGCAUCGGCCACAACGACAACGACAUCAUCUUGUUCACCUGGUAACAGUAGCAGCAAUGGUGCGGCAAGCAGUGCAGGCUCCUCUUCGGUCAUCAGCAAUAAUUGGCUUUGUUCGACCAGCACUGAUUCAGCAUGGCAGCGAAAUGGCAAUUCGAGCAUUGCAACAUUACGACGUAAAGCACUGGAACAUUCAGUCAUGACCAUUCGUUGAUUCUUUCAGAUGAUCAAUUUGCAGCAUCUAGCAAAACUUGUCAUCAAAUCAAACCUUUGUCCCUUGAACGUAUCCUCAUCAUGUAAUUCAAUCAUAAUAAUCAUGCAUGAUAUCUAUCCACCACAAUGAUCCCUUGUUUGUUCAAAAAUUGAAUAAAGUUUUUUUCAAAUUCAA